AUGGGCAAAACGGCGUUUAUGCGUAAACUUUUAUUUUGGAAGAAAAUAGAGGUGGAUUUUCAUGACCCUACUUUUAAAUCAGACAUGGAUCUCGUGGAGUAUGGCUCCGGAAAACUACAUGCAUCUACCGACCAGUUCAGUCACUCACACUCUGAUCAAAAACCUAGUUCACACUCUAAAGUGGCACAACAGGCUGAAUUAUCAUCGUUCAAUUCUCCGAUUGGUGUAUUACUUUCUUGCCUGGGUUGUGUUAUAGGGACAGGUAACAUAUGGCGGUUCCCACGUAUUAUUGCCAGUACAAGUUACUCUCAAGGAUGCCUAACAUUUCUCAUUGCAUGGGCAUUAUCUCUAUUUAUAUGGUCUUUGCCAUUGAGUAUUGUUGAAUAUACGCUGGGUCGAUUUACUCGAACAUCACCAUUGGGUGCAUUUCAUAGGUUUCUUGGCAGUAAAUUGGUAUGGUUGGGAGGAUGGAUUGUUGGUGUAACUUACAUGAUCACGUAA